GUCCCAUUGACCCUUACGUGCAGGAGCUGCUCGGACCUGCUAAGGCUCGAGCUGUGCUGGCAGACGAGAAGCGUCUGAAGCUGCUGAUGGAAUCGGUGGAUGCAGAUCCGAGGCAUGAGGAGGCCGGACAGAAAGCCAGGGGACUUUUCCGAAAAGUGCACGCGGCAAUGAAGUUGAAGAAGCACGAGGAAGAGCCUGUUGAGGAAGCGAGGCAGGUGGAUGAUCUCGCUGUCCUCCCGCCUGAUGAUCCGAACAAGAGGACGAAGCGGAAUUCUCGUCGUGAGUCUCGCCGUCGCUCUUCACAAGAGGCAGCCAAGGUGGCCGGAGCGCCCAAAAGCCCAAAGAAAACACGUCGAGCAUCUGCGGCCGGGCAGGACAAGGUGGAACUCCCCGCUGUGUCUUCCCCCAAGAAGCGAGCCUGA